AAAAGAAGGUGGUUAUGAUAAACGUAAAUAAAAUUCUCGAUAAUUUUAAGAUACAUGAAGUAACGAUUCCCAACACUUCGUUUUAUUUAUUCAAGAACUUACAUGUAACAUCUUUUUCUAAAAAUAAAUAUGACCAUUAACGUCUUGAAUUUCAAUGUUGGUGUUUUGGGUCAUGUUGACAGUGGCAAAACCAGCUUGUCAAAAGCGCUAAGUACAAUUGCAAGCACUGCCUGUUUUGAUAAAAAUCCUCAGAGCAAGGAACGGGGAAUAACGCUAGAUCUUGGAUUUUCUUCUUUCACUGUUGAUAUCCCGGCUUCAAAAAUGGAUGACCUUAAAGGGUACAGCAAUAUUCAAUAUACUCUAGUAGACUGUCCUGGGCAUGCUAGUCUUAUUCGCACAAUUAUUGGGGGUAAGUAAGUUAAAUGGAUAAUAAUAAUAAUAAAUAAAAUAAAUAAUAUGGUCGGUGUUUUGGCUUUAAAAAAAAAGAACAGGACAAUUUAAAGGAGGCUUUUGCUAAAGGCAGUGUCUACACAUCCAGCGCGCCUGACGCAUAUCUCCCCCACUAUUUGUCCGUCAGCCUUCUCACGUGACCACGAAUUAUUAAAAAUUGUUAGAUUUAAAAUCUAUUUCUCUACCAAGUAAUUUACUGAGUGACUUGAAAACAAAUAAUAGAAAAAAUACUUGGGAAUAUUACCAAAACAAAGUGGGGGUUAAGCAAUGAAGCACUCUAGAAGGAAGCAAUGCUGAGAGGGAGAGAGAAUUACUGUAAUAAAAAAUAUGAAUGCUGAAAAAAAUAAUAGUGAGGGUGAAAAAUAAAUUUAAGGUGGGGAGGCCGAUAGUUUACAACGAAAUAGACCCUACAUCUUAAUACAGGGCCGAUAUAGUGGUAGCCUAGCCUACUUCUCAUGCAAUACUAAAUGCUUAUCCUGAAAUACAACUUUAUUUACAUAGGUCUAUUGAAGUCUACUGGUAUUAUUUUAUUUGGUUCAUAUUUUAAAUUCAGGUUUCAAGGUAGAGCUUUACAAGAUGUAAUUUAUUAACCAAGAUAAGGGACUUUUUUUUUUGAAGAGUCGGAAUCAAAUAGACUAGAGAUAGUAGUAUUAAUAGAACUACUAGUUAGUAUAUAAGCCGACUAGUUUAUUAUUCAAAGUCAAACACUUUAUGUAUCUCAUAGCAUUUGAAUAUAUUAAUAUGUUCAGCAUUUAUUAAUUAUCUAGGGAUCGGAAUAUCAAAUGCAAUGCAACUAUUUUGCCAGCCACCACUUGUCACAUGACCUGCCGGAAUAAUAACCCCUACUAGUCGUCCAGUGGUCACGUGACAUGCCCGCCGGAUGUAUAUCUCUCGCACUAUUUGUCCGGCAUGCCGGACGUAUAGACACUUAGUUUGCUAAAUACCUUCUUCAGCAGACAAGACAAAACAUUAACAAGAAAUAACAAAUAUAGGCUAAUUGAAUAUAAAUUAAAAAUUGUGUUUUCAAAGGCUCUGAUCAAAGACAAAAUGAAGUUCUUUAAGUCUCUGGCAGUAGUGGUAUCUUUGGCAAACAAGAUGGCGGUAUAGGUGAAAUGAGAAGACUAUCUGAUAGUUUCUGUGAAUGUUUUUGUGAUUUUGAACAAAAAAAGCCAUCCCCAGUCUCAUCUCAUUUUCUAGGGAGGUGAACACAAGGGAACAUCACAUGUAUUCAUCACUGCCCUAAUUUCUUGCACUAAUACACUAGUGUGAACAAAGAAUGAAAACAAAUUAAUUCAGAUUUUCGGCUUAUGGAAUUGAUCAAACGCUCUCAUAAUAGUUGUCUUCAAUUUCCCUCCAUUUCUAUUCUUAAUUUAUGUUGUUUAAAAUAUUAAACUUACAUUAGUAAUACUUAAAUUCUUUUACCUUAAUUUCUAUGCACCAGAAUUAUGUGGGAUGCACAUUUUGAUCUUGAGAACUUUACUUCCAUUUAUAUCAGAGCAUUUCCAUUUCAAAACAGAGACUUUGAGAACUACAUUUUGAUCAGAAUCUUGGAACACAUAUGUUAAAUUUCUACUUAAACAAACAAAUGGUUUUGUCUUGGCUCCUAAAGGAGGCCAAUGGCCAAAAAAAUCAUCCUUCUAAUUGUCCUUUCUUUUUUUUUUUGAAGCCUAAACAUAUCUUAUUCCACUAGUUAUGUAAGUUAGUAUAGUAUAAAGUAUGAGUAAACAAACUCAUUUUCAGAAAUAAUACCCAAAAACUUAUGCAUUAUCAACUAAUAAGUUAAUUGAUGAAUGUUGAACAUGGCAUGAGAAGUCUUUUUUUUUUCUUUGUAGAGUUACACUUAGUAGAUUGCUUUUCUCUGAAGAAUGAGUCUGAGACUUACUGAUUCUGAAAGCACUUAAGCCAAAGUCUACUUUAAGUAAAUUUCAAGAAUGUUAUAACUUUUGCUGAUAUGGAUGUAUAACUUUUAAAUUUGUAUAAAUUUUAUAUGCUCACUUUACAGAUUUGAAAUGUUUGGUAUUGGUACCUUGUGAUGAAUAUUCUUUUUAUUGUUAUAAAAGGAGCUCAAAUCAUAGACUUGAUGAUGUUGGUUGUGGAUAUAACCAAGGGAAUGCAAACACAGACUGCUGAAUGUCUUGUCAUUGGGGAGAUCACCUGCAGCAAAAUGAUAGUGGUUCUCAAUAAACUUGAUAUGAUCCAUGCAGACAAACAAGCUUCAACAGUUGACAGGGUUUGAAAUUAUUACUAUGUCUCAAUGUAUAACUCACAUGCAAAUUCUAGUAAUAGAUUUCCUAUUUUAGUUCCCUUGCAUCUUGAAUUAUAUAACAAUAAAUUAUUCAAGUCUUCUAAUAAUGUAUACAUAAAAGGAGGUAGAGCUGAAAAAAGUAUUGUGGGAAAUUUUGAAAGUAAUUUUUUAUUAUUUGUAAAUGAUGUAUGUUUCCUCUUUCACUUUCAGAUGAAAAAACGCAUGUGGAAAACACUGGAAGGAACUAAAUUUGCAGGAUGUCCAAUUGUAGCUGUAGCAGCUAAACCAGGAGGACCAGAGGUAAAUUAAUUUUAGAAUUGCUUAUUUCAUUUAAAGAAAUGUUCAUACUGUUAGACAUAGCCCAUUUAAAAAAAAAUAUUUUAACUUCCGUUUCUAAAAAAAUGUUGACACUCUAAUUUGAGGUUAAGAAAUAAUAAGCGUUUAACAGCCAAAUCAAAACUUUUAAGAAGACAGUUUUUGUAAAAUUAAUAGAUUCUCAAUCAAUUACAGGCACCAGAAACUGAGGCCAUUUCUGUUAUUGAUCUUAUUUCAACAUUGGUUAAUAGCACCUAUAUGCCUUCACGAUCAGAAGAAGGUCCUUUUGUUUUUUCUGCUGAUCAUUGCUUUUCUAUACGUGGCCAAGGAACUGUAAUGACUGGCACUGUACUGAGUGGUAAUAUCAGCAUAAAUGAUGUAAGUUGAUGGUAUGACAUAUUUAUAAGGCUACUCAGAUAAAGCAAUUGAAGCCAAUUAAGGUUGCCUUUAUUUAUUAGAAAAAAAAUUAAUCUCUAAUUUAUAAUUUAUUUUGCAAUUUGUAUGCCCCGGAGGUGAGAUAGUUCAAGCUAAUUACCGCUGUGAAUGUAUGUGUGUUAGAUACAUGUGUUGGAGGGAAUUUUUAAACAUUAGCUAAUAUUAGGUAUAGCUUUAAUAUAUGUCUCAUAUGACAACAUAUAAGUUAGUAUGGGGUAUCUCAUUAUUAUCAAUAAAAGUGUUUUCUCUCCAGACUGUGGAGAUUCCAUCUUUAGGUAUGACAAAAAAAGUUAAAUCUAUGCAGAUGUUCCGAAGUCCAGUUGAAAAGAUUAAACAGGUUUGUUCAAUUCUGUUACAGUGGCAGUGAUUUAAUGGCAAUUAGAUACCACUCAUUAUAAUUAGAUGCUCUGGCCAUGUCAUGUCUUUAGAAAAAAUGAAAACAAACUUUUAGACAAUUACAUGUGACAACUUUUUUUCAUCAUACUAAUCAAUUUACGCCACUCAGUGAAACUGUGGUGAAUUUUAACCAUCAUAGGAAAUUUAUUAAUUGUAAUAUCCAUUAUAUUUAUAGUUUAUAGCUCAUCUGUCAAAAUUUAAUAUGACCACCUUAAUCAUGAUAUAAUUGUGAACUUGGCUGUUGAUGUGCAGAUUACAUUUGAUACAGGAUGUGCAGUAAUGUAUUGCAACUCGCUAGUUAGAAAACACUUCUUUAGGGUUUAAAAAAUUGUGAGUAUUUUUUAUCUUAUUUCAGGGCGAUAGGGCUGGAAUCUGUGUCACACAGUUUGAUCCAACCCUGCUAGAACGAGGGCUUGUCUGUUCUCCUGGAGCUCUGGUUACAGUAGAAGCUGUCAUCAUAUCCAUCAAGAAAAUCACCUACUACAAAGGCUCCAUCACUACAAAAUCUAAAUUUCACAUAACACUUGGGCAUGAGACAGUCAUGGGCAGAGUCUCUGUAUUUGGUCUCCCUUCAGAAAGUUCACUUGGCUCUGUCGAGAAUUUAUCCCAAUCACUAAGUGACUCUCAUUUAGAUGGCCAUGUGUUUGACUUUAGUAAAGAGUAUAUUUACCUAGAUGAGCUGAUAAGUGCAGGGAAGAAAUCUGAAGAGGACAGCCUGAUACAGCAGAACCUGAAUGUUGGUAGACAGUUUGCUCUGAUAGAACUAGAGCGACCCAUCACAUGCGCACCACAUUCUCUUGUUAUUGGCUCUCGUUUAGAUGCCGAUGUUCAUACAAGUGCAUGCCGUAUUGCGUUCCAUGGCAAAAUUUUAGAAGCUAUGACAGAUGUGAAAUACAAAGAAACUAUUCUUCCAAAGGUUAAAGUAUUUAAAGUAAGGAUUUUAUUUAUUGUUUCAUUUUGUAUUGUGAAAAGAAAUUUCCAUUAUUGGUUAUUGUCUUUUCUGUUUUCUAAAGAGUUUAUUAAUAUAAUUUAAGCAUAAUUUAAAUCAUAGAUCGCCAAAAUUUUUGUAUGAAAGGCUCAUUCUUAUUAACCUAAUAUAUAUCUGUAUUAAAACAAAUUUGUUAAAUAAAAAAUUCUUAAUUUUCCUUCAGGGCUGAAUUUAUCCCUCAAGCUGGGGUUUAAAAUAAUUCAAAUUCUAACAUUACAUUCAAUUCUUAUUUUUUUAAUAUUUCAGAUGAAAGCACGAGAAGGUCAAGUUGAACGAGCAACUGACAAAUAUUCAGUCAUUGCCAAAAAUCUUUUUAAAAAAGAGACCAAUCUAGCGGCUUUUGCCAACCUCCGUGUUGUUUUGUCCUCUGGUGAAAAGGGUAUCAUUGAAGGUGGUUUUGGACAAAGUGGGAAAGUCAAGAUAAGGAUUCCAGGUGAAAAGUCUUAUUGCUUUAUGAAUGUUGCUUGUAAAUGUUCCAUCUCCAAAUUAUUUAUUUAAAUAUCUUAUUUUUUUCCUCUUGUACGGUAACUCAGACUCUGACAUUUCAGUUAAGCUUGUCCACACCUACAAUAUGUUUUCCCACAGAAGUAAAUAUUUAGGGAGCAAAAGAACAUUUAGAGGCUUCUUAAGCUUUAAAAUUUCUGUUAAUGCCUGGUUGGAGCUAACAUUGUUAGGUAUCGGUACCACUCUAUUGGAUGGAUUAGCUCUUGUUUUGUUUCACUUGGUCAUGUUGUUUUAUGUUCAAUAAUCAUGCUGUUCUUUUAAACUUACAAUCUUUAGAACAUAAUUAACCUAACUGUAUCUAGCUAGUGCAAACAAACCAAAAUUUACAUUUUGAAACUUAUUUCAUUUUUUUUUAAAAUUCUAUUAUUUUUUAAUUGGGAGGGAUUAAAUGGGGAAAAAUGGGUUACUAUCAUGGACUUAUUAUUGAAUUGUUGUUUUUAAUGUUGAUAUAGACAAUUUCUAACAACUUAACAGACAUUUUUGGUUUUAGCAUCUCAUUUCUUUCAAACCUGUUUGAAAUCACACUUUUCAAUUCAAGAUUUUAAUAAGUUAUUUAUUAAAAUUAUUAUCAUCAGAGGGGCUUUGUAAUGAAACAUAUCAGAGAUACUCUGGCAGUAACAAGAAAAAGGGUAAAGCUAAAGAUGAUGAGGCAGCACCUGUUCCAGAAUCCAAGGAGCCUGUCAAAGUGUGUCUCAGUUUUAAACGUUAUGUUUAUGACCUCAAGAAAGAUAUGAUACAGAGCUGAUGUGAUGACCUAAGUUCCACAUUUGUGUUGACUAUCAUGCCUUUCCCCCUAUUUUUAUGUUUCUAUAUUUCUUUUUGAAAGUGUCUUUCCAGCUCAAAUGCUCCCAUUUUAUUUUCAUAGACUAUUGUGCAAACUGAUCUUAAGUUUAAAUCCAAUUUUUAUUCUUUCAUUUAAUCAGAAGCCUCACUUUAUUUUUUAAAAUUAAUAUUAUGAUUGUGGAGAAUGACAUAAAACAAAAAUACAGAUCUGGCAUGUUUUAACAGCCCCAAAAUCUCCUCAACAGCCAAUUUUUAUGAUGAUGGAUAAGCAACUCAAGCGCCUGUUCCUGUUGUAAAUUUAAAUUUGCUUUAGUUUUCUCUUUUCUUCUAUUAAAAUGUUACGUUUUUUCAAGUCUAGUUGUUUAGUGGUUGUUGAACAUGAAUAUUCAUCUUGGUGGUGGCAUAUUUGAUUUGGUAAGUUGUUGUGUACUUGAGAGGUAUCGAGAGAAUUAUUUACUUGUCACAGAUAAGUUGAGUUACCGUACUAAUAGGGUCAAAUGAUUGUUACAUGAUGUUUUUUUUUUUUGUAUUUUCAAUACAAUUUUCUGCAUACACUUUUUAGAUAAACUUAAAAUGAAGCAACUGUGAUAGUAUAUCAAUUUACUCCUUAGGACAUCAAUUUACUCCCAAACCAUUCUUACGGCCUCUAAGUACCAGUAAAUAUUCAGUACAAUUUAAAUGUCUGAAAGAUAUAAAUUAUUCGAG